AUGAUGGUAAUACCCGGCGGUUUACCACACGUCCGUAAAACACCGCUGCUAGCGCCACCGCCGCCGGUGUUCCGCUCGACGGACGACCUGCAGAAGCUCAUUUCGCCUCGUUUUCUCGCCCGAGAAGCGCGCGCGCGACCCGUUCCGACCAACGAGUGGUGGGGCAAUUUGCUCGCGUGGGACGGACAGCGCGAGAGCGACGCCGUGUUCCCCGGCCCCUACACGUACAAAGUGCUGUCGGCUCAGUCCGGGGACAUGGGCAGCGGCUUCUCGGUGAGCUAUUUGCUGCAGUACCGGACGGACGGCCCGAAGAACGAGAACGGCGCUCCUCGUUUCUACUAUUACGCACCGACGAUCAAGAACCUGAUCUUCUCGGCCGUGCAGCUCGCUGCCCGAUCGGGUGCACCUCCUUUUCGCAUCCACAUGUGGGACGACGUGGGCGUGCACCUCUCGAUGGCUGGAAUGAGCCUGUACUUGUCAUUGGGGGCUGCGUUCACGACCGUGGAGUACCAGGACAUGCAGGCACAAGUGGGUACAGAGCACGCUAUUGUUGCUAUCAACGGAGCUCCUGCGCGAGACGGCCACCAGGUCCACGGCAGCAGCUUUGUAAUCUCGUUGAACAACGGACAGCAGUGGGUGCUCUACUUUUUCCCCAGUGCUGGUGGCAACACUGCGCUCGUGUACCAGGCCAACAAACUCACGACAACGUCAAACUUCACGGGAGUUGUGCAAGCGGCGUUCGUGUCGACAAGCGCAGAGCAGCCGAAGGGCCCGCAAGAUACCCGCAAGAUCCUGCAGCUGUACCACGCAAGUGCCGGCAUUUACGCAAAAGGAGCUACGGUGCAGACGCUGAACGCAGACGCGUUUGUCUUUCACUGGCAGCUCGCGACGGCUGUAGGCUGCAACCCGGGAAAUCGCUUCCUCCACUUUGCGUUGACGCACUUACAGGCGAUGCUCGACCCGUCCACGGUGGAAGCAAGGCAUGAACUUGUGCUGCAUUCGCACACUCAUGGACCGUUGUUCGCGUACAUGCUGGUGACGCCACCGGGUUCCAGUCCGUCGUGGCUUUGCCACGUGCCCCGAGCGGACAGUCAGGGCGUCGAGGCGUGUGCAGCGUUUUAUCCACCACGUGCUGGCUGCCUUACUGCAGAGGAGGUUCGAAGGUUGAACCUAUGUCGCAUCGUCACGGACGAGAUUCACGGAGAUUGGGCGUUACCUCAUGAAGGAAGCUACUACUUCAAAGGAAAAGCUCUGCAGAAGUAUGGCACCAUGUGCCUUGUGGCCCGGCAGCUAGCAGACACGACGAGCCCUGAAAUGCGGAACGUGGCGCAACAUGGCGUAUCGAAGCUUCAGCAACUGCUGUGCGAGUUUGCGAGCAAUCGGUCGGCGUUCCCACUUGUGUACGACACAGUGUAUAAGGGAAUCAUCUCGAGCGAGGCGCUGGUCAAGCAUGACAUGAAUGUCGAUUUUGGCAAUGGAGUCUACAACGACCACCACUAUCACUAUGGCUAUCCCAUAACUGCUGCAGCCAUGGCCCUCUACUUGGAUCCACAUUGGCGUCAUUCGGCUGAUGCCGUCAAGGUCCGAACUUUCAUCGACGCUCUGAUCCGGGACGUGGCUACAGCUUCACCUGCCGGCAGCGAUCCGUAUUUUCCGCGUUUCCGGCACUUUAACUGGUGGCUCGGUCACUCCUACUCACACGGUGUGACUCCGAUGGCGGACGGAAAGGAUGAAGAGUCGACAUCGGAAGAGGUCAACUUUCUGUACGGCGUUGCCCUGUAUGGCCAAGCCACGGAGAACGUCGAACAGCAGGCGCUGGGAAAGCUGAUGCUCAAGGUCUACGUGCGCGCAGUGAACACGUACUUCUUGCUUCGGAACGGCGGUCCUUCGAUCCACCCUGCAGGCUUUGCAAAGAACAAAGUCACGGGUGUCUUCUUUGACAACAAAUGCGACUACACAACGUGGUUUAGUCCGAACAAGGAAUGCAUUCAUGGCAUCCAGAUGAUCCCCGUGUCCCCGAUCCUCGAAAUCUCGCGACCGCCACGCUUCGUACGAGAGGAAUGGGACGAAGUGCUCAGCAAGUUGCCCUUUGUGCGCAAAUGGAAGGCGCAUCAAUCCGGCUGGACGUCGCUGCUGUUUGCCAACUACAGCGUCCUGAACCGUGCAGCGGCUCUCGAAGUGCUUGCCACGUGUCCCAUGGACGACGGUCUCAGUCGCGCCUGGGCGUUGUAUUACGCGGCUACACGACCCCCACCCUCUUGCUAG